AUGGCACGGCAACGAUUUGGCACCUGGAGAUCUCCGAUUGAAGCUUCUGAUCUGGCCACGCUAGGGACUACUGUCGACAACAUUCUAGUCGACCCAGCUGAUGGCGAGGUGUACAUUAUCGAAGAACGUCCCGCUGAAGGAGGCCGCAAUGAAGUUGUGCACCUAGCAUCCCACAAAGACGUUCUUGGCCAAGCCUGGAACGCGCGCUCGAGGGUGCACGAAUACGGAGGAGCGUCUGCGCUCGCAUACGAUGGUUUCAUCUACUUCUCUCAUGUGCUGGAUGGGUGCAUAUAUCGACAUUCCAAGUCGGAGAUCGUUCCAGUUACCACAGAAAAUCCUAACCUGCGCUACGCUGACUUCGCGAUCCAUCCCGUGCACAAGCACCUCUUGGUGUGCAUAAAGGAAGACCACACGAACGAUGCACCCACGGACGUGAAGAACAGUCUGAUUCUCGUUGACACCCGCGAUCAGCGCAGUCACGGUCUCGUCUCCGGCGCUGACUUCUAUUCAUACCCGCGGUUCAGCUCCGAUGGACAAUUUCUAGCAUGGCGGCAAUGGAACCAUCCAGACAUGCCCUGGGAAGCGAGUGAAGUCUACGUCGCAGCGUGCCAGGUCCAUCAAGACGGCAUCACGCUCUCGAGUUCUAUAAUUGUAGCUGGGAAGUGCGGCAAGGACGUCGCGACUGAACCAUUGUGGAUCUCUGCUCAUCAGCUUCUCGUGGUGUCAGACAUCAGCGGGUACCUCAACCCCUAUCUCGCCACUGUUUCAUGCUCGAAAUCACAAAUGGAUGUUGGUGCUGUGCACGUUGAGACCGAGCCGCUGUUCCACGACGGGAUGGAAGAGGAUUUCGGCGAGCCGUCGUGGAUGCUUGGAUGGUCGAGCUAUGCCGCCCUCGACGAGAAUCAUGUCGUUCUUACAAGCUUUAGAAGUGGCAGGGCUCAGAUCUACGUAUACGACCUGCGCAGCAAGGCGUCCGAAGAAAUCAACACGCCUUUCGCGGUUAUCCAAUACGUCCAUUCUCUCAAGAACGGCAAAGUCGUCUUCUUGGGGAAGGCGUCCGACCGAGAGCCCGCCGUGGUCGAAUUCGAUGGGACGGUGUUCAAGCCUCUCACUAAAUCGAAGGACCCGCUUUACUCCGUGGGCUACAUCUCGCAACCGCAGCCUAUGUCUCCUGCCGAUGAAACUGGGAACACGUACCAUGCGAUCCUCUAUGGGCCAACAAACCCGUCGUACGAAGGGGGUGAGGGCGACGAGCGUCCACCAGCCGUAGUGUAUGUUCACGGCGGUCCGACGUGGCUCACAGAUCAGGCACUUGACUGGAAGAAGCAGUACUUUACCUCCAGGGGGUGGGCUUGGGUCGAUGUGAAUUAUGGCGGAUCCUCUGGCUACGGAAAAGCUUACAGAGAACGCCUCAAAGGCCGAUGGGGAGUCCUGGACAUAACCGACACGGUCACUGCGGUCCAUCUCCUGGCCUCUCAAGGGAUCAUUGACGGCAAGCGCACCGUCAUCCGCGGGCAGAGCGCAGGCGGUUUCACUACUCUUGGUGCCGUCUCCACUUUCCCUGACGCAUUCGCUGCCGGUGGUUCCCUGUACGGCGUUUCCGACCUACGCAAGCUGAAUGCAAUGACGCACAAGUUCGAGAAGUACUUUUGCGAGACACUCGUUGGCGGGCUUCCUGAAGAGAUCCCACAAGUGUGGAAGGAGAGGAGCCCAAUUUCGAAGGCGGAUAGGAUUAAGGCUCCUUUGUUGAUCAUGCAAGGGUCUCUCGAUCGUGUUGUUCCACCAAAGCAAGCAGAGGAGAUUGUUCGUAUAAUUCAAGCCAAAGGAGGGAAGGUAAGGUAUGUCGUUAUGGAAGAUGAAGGGCACGGGUGGAAGAAGUCAAAGAACAUUCAACGUGCAUUAGAGGAGGAGCUAAUUUUCUACGAGGAAGUGUUCGGUUUCAUAUGA